AAAUGAGUUGAGCAAUGGGGAGACAGUAUUUUCCCUCAAACCCAGCCUUCUCCCAUCACAAAAAUGAAACCAUUCUUGCCUUAACGGUGGCAUUUCAUUUAUUCAAGAGAAUCUGUGUGUUUCCUUUACGUAUCGUAGUUGAUCACUCACUCUUAAAUGCAUCUGUCUUAUCGUCGAUGUGAUAUCAUGGUGGAGAAACAUGAAAAUGUUUCCCAUUCCAUAAUAUGAUAUUUGUGGAGUUCUUGCACUGAUGGGAUGCCAAUCUUGUUUAGUCCUAUUAUUUUCUAUUUGACUUUACUUUUAUAUUCUCUGUGAGUGCUAAUAUACCAUUCCAUAUUCGUGUUUGAUUGUCUACUCUAUUUUAGUGUUAUUCUGAUGAAGAUGACAGCCUCUCCAUUUUCAUCACUCCAUUUUUUUAAAUUAUUUUUUGAAGAUUUAAUACACUAGUUUGUGGCCUCUAGCUGCUCAAAAGCAUCCUGUUCAUCUGGUGUGGGAACGACUCUAAGAGCUACUUUUAUAAGCUUCUAUGGACAUUUGGAAACUGUUCUUUGUUGCACUUAUGCCAGUUUUGAAGGUGCUCCUGCUCACUGCUGUUGGCGUAUUUCUUGCAAUUGAGCGCGUGGGAAUUUUGGGGGCAGAUGCACGAAAUCAUUUGAACAAUCUUGUGUUUUAUGUCCUGAGUCCAGCACUUGUUGGGAGCAGCUUGGCAAAAUUCGUAACAUUAAGAAGCUUGCUUGAGCUGUGGUUCAUGCCGCUAAAUGUUCUCAUCACCUUUAUCAUUGGCUCAGUGCUUGGAUGGUUGCUUAUAAAAAUUACCAAAGCUCCUAAACGUAUGCGGGGCAUGAUCUUGGGAUCCUGUGCUGGAGGAAAUCUGGGCGCCAUUCCUCUCAUACUGAUCCCAGCUGUCUGCAAGGAAAAAGGAAGUCCAUUUGGAGAUUCUAAUUCCUGUAACACGCGCGGUCUGGCAUAUGCUUCGCUCUCUAUGGCUAUUGGUAGCAUCUAUCUGUGGUCAUAUGUAUACCAUAUUGUGCGUGUAUAUUCAUCAAGUAAGGAUUCUGAUGAACCCAAACUGGAUGAAUUGCCGGAGGGUACGGAGUCUGCUGGAGAAACAACAGAAAACCUUCCAAAAUGCCGCACAGGGCCCCUCCUCCCUUUAAAAGAGCCCUCGCUUGAAGAGGGUCAUAUGGAGCGCUUGGAGCUUGAUUGUGUAGUGCCACAGGAGAAGGCCAAGGAGCCAUUUCCGAGUAACGUUAAGCAGGGCUUUCAGAAGGUUAUAAAGAAACUCAACUUGAGGAGAUUGUUUUCGCCUAUAAUUAACGGAGCGAUUGUUGGAUUUAUUAUUGGUGUCGUCCCCACGUUCCAAAAAGCCUUUAUUGGUGACAAUGCCCCUCUUCAUGUGUUGGAAGACUCUGCGUACUUUCUCGGGGAGGCAGCCAUUCCAUCUGUCACUUUGAUCAUGGGAGCAAAUCUUCUGGAGGGUUUGAAAGGGUCAAAGGUGCCACUCAUGGUGAUUAUCGGUAUAGUAGCAGUCCGGUAUAUUAUCUUGCCGAUUUCGGGAGCUCUUAUCAUUAAAUAUGCAAUCCGUUUUGGCUUGUUGCACUCUGACCCACUGUAUCAGUUUGUUCUUCUGCUUCAAUUUGCACUUCCUCCAGCAAUCGGCAUAGGUACGAUGACCCAGUUGUUUGGAGCUGGCCAAACCGAAUGCUCUGUGAUCAUGCUAUACACCUAUUCCUUGGCCACCAUUUCACUAACACUUUGGUCAGCAUUCUUCAUCUGGUUUGUCAGAUAAUUGCCACCUGCCUCUUUGAUCUCUUUCGACGUGAUGAUCAGUCAAUGCAUUAUCAGUUAGCUUGCUUCAUUAGUUUUCUGCAAAUACGCACGUAAAUAAAGAGAUUACGCACUGUAUCUCAAGGUUUUGAAACACGACAAUAUCAAAAUUUGCUGCAAGUAUAUUAUACAAAUGCAAUAAGAAAAACAAAUCCUUGUACUUUUACUUA